GAGUAAAGCAAACGAGUUUUAGGUCUUUCUCAGGAUAACCACGUGAGCACGCCAAUCCCACAGGAAAUUCACUUCUUCAUCGAGAUCUGCGGAUAUUUGCAUGUAGAUAUUUUCGUUGAGUUUAAUGUUUUUACACUUGUAACAUGUAUCUCGCAGGUUUGAGUUCUCAACUGAUGGGCUGAUAUGUUUUAUUAGGUUGUAACACCGCACAGGAAGUGUCUUGGCAUCGCUGUGGCAGCUGUCAAACGAGUCUUCGCCUCACUAAGGGAGAUCGGAAAACUGUGAGAUAUGGACACGGAAGUGGAUCUGGGUGUGGAUAUCGAGGCAGGCCCUGAAGGUUCCUGGUCUCUGCUGUCGUGGCUGGCAUCGUGCUUCAUGGUGUUCGGAGGGGUGGUGCCCUACAUCCCUCAAUACCAGGAGAUCCAGAGGAUCUCCAACACUGAGGGCUUCUCCACACGCGUCUGCCUUGUGCUGCUGGUGGCAAACAUUCUCAGAAUCUUCUUCUGGAUAGGGAAGCAGUUUGAAAUGACUCUGCUGCUCCAAAGCCUGGUGAUGAUUGGCACAAUGCUUGCCAUGCUGCACUUAUGCUGCACCGUACAGACUGCCAACCGGGUCUCCACUAAGCAGCACCAUUUCACAGAUCUGGAUCUGAGGUACUUCUGGAGCUGGAGCCGCUUUGAGGACUAUCUCAUGUUCUGCUUCGCGUUCACCGUCCUGUGUGCCUUCGUCACGUUCCUCUUCCUGGACUCGGCCCUGUUCGUGGAGAUGCUGGGGCUGGCGGCGGUGCUGACGGAGGCCAUGCUGGGGGUCCCCCAGCUGGUCCAGAACUUCCAGAACCGCUCAACCCGGGGCAUGAGUAUAAAGAUGGUGUUGCUGUGGACAGCUGGAGACGUCUUUAAGACGACGUAUUUUGUUGUCAAUGAGAGCCCUGCCCAGUUCUGGUUGUGUGGUACCGUGCAGAUCUGUAUUGACAUAGCCAUUCUGCUGCAGGUGUGCUAUUAUGGACAGGAUGCUCACACAAAGUAUGGCUGACUCCAAGACGCAAGAGAACACCAACUACAAGCACAGUAUUUCACACCACGUACGCCUAGCAAAGACGACAGCCUCUUUCUAAGUCAGCAUGGAGAGUCCUUAUGGCGUCUUGACAAGUUUUAAAAGUCAAGAUGUUGAUAUCUCAGGGGUCCCUAACUCAUUGUAUUCGCAUUUCCAAAGUCAGUCCCUCAGGCAGCAGCAGAUGUUUUCACCUCCUUGCAAGGCUAACAGAAUUCUGAUCAUAAACAGCUGCUGGACGGUCAGUAAUCGUUUUUACAAGAAUGUUACAAGUUUACGAAAAGCCUGUGCAAGCUGAAUCUAGUUUGAGUUGCAGAUAUUUUUAAGAAAAUGUAGAAAGAUUGGAUUUUUCCAGUUCUAGGUUUAAAAAUAACAUUUCUGUGUUGCAUUCACUGCCAAAUAAUAAUAUUGUCCUGGUUUGACAGAGCAGAUGUGUAGCUUAGAGAGCCAGACAGAAGUCUCUGAGUAGUUCCUGUACUUGCAGUUCUCUUCUUCAGAUUCCAUUACUGCCUCUUAUUAUAACUUAUUCAGAUCACCAUUUCCAAGCACAAAACGUGAACAAAAUGACAGUGAAGAAAUGCCCCAAAUCAGGUGUUUCCUGUUAUGAUGUUGCCACAAUUCUGACUUUUUAACAUGUGAUGUCUACAACGAAAUUUAUACUUUUUUAACCAGAUUAUUAAAUUGAGAACAUGUUCCCGUUUACAAUGACGAUAAAUGUGUUAAAUCAGAUUCAAACAAAUCCUAGUGGAAAGUAUUUAUAUACAGUAAUUAAAAACCAUUUGGCUGAAAUUUUAAAACAAAAUCAGGAACCUAACAAAUACUGUAUUUAUUUUAAAAGUGUAGUUUUAAAAGAGCUAAACGUCUUUAGCUUUUUAUUUUAAUAUGUGCCCCUAAUGACAAAAUCCUGAGAUAAUGUAAUGGAGUAUGUGCAGGUUCUUAAGCAAAGUUUUUUUUUUUCUGGAACAUAUUGCAGAACUCUUCCAAAAUUAAUUCUAAGAUGUACACACAUGAUAUCAUUUAGAAAUGACCUAGAAAAUGACAUUGUACUAUUUAACAUCUCACCUCAUAGGGUGGUAAUGUUCUGGGAGAGACACUGAGUGACUCGUUGUCAGUGUUCAUUGUCAUUUUUGUUGGCAGGAAUUGCUGGGACACAGUGAUCUGUUCUACACUUGUGUUGUAAAAACACCAUCUGAAAGACUGCAUUGUUUUCUAUUAGUUUCUAUUAACAUGCUUUGCAUUUUGAUAGCUUUUUUUGUAGCUUAGGCUUUACUCUCUUUGCGCUUGUGCAUUUCCCCACUCUUUAUAUGGUGAGCAUUCAUUAUCCAGCUGUCGGAAGCAUGUUGGGUGUCAUUUCUUAUCAGUUACCGGACCUAGCCGGUGCACUGUGGAAAAUCAGGGCACAGUACAGUACCUGAUGUGUAUGUGAAAGCAUGUUUUCUCAAAGGGAGAGUAUUUAUUUUUAACCUACUGUACUAUACCUAACAAACCCUGUUACACUCCCAUAAUACUAAAUGUGCAUGUCUGUGCGAUGAAAAGAAUGAAAAGUAUUUAUUACUCUAUUGUGUGAAUUAUAUUGAUAAUACAGCUUUAAAGUUAUUGUUUUCAGACACAUGUCCCAAUUGUCCCUCUUGUGAUUCUCAAGCAAGUUGCCCUACACAUUUGCAUGUAUUACUGAGUGGCCAGUUUGUUCACAAGGAAAAGAGUGUUUGAUUUCUUAUAUUCUAUGUAGUACAAUGCCCCACAACCAAUUUUAGGAACUACCUGUACUAGUAAUUGGGUAAAUGGGCUGAUCCUAUAUAAUGCCUUAUUUUAUAAAUGACGCUAAGAGAUUUUUAUUUAUUGACUGCAAUAAAAAUAUGUCUUUUGUAUGAAAAAUAAUUUUGUACUUGGCAGGAACAUUCAUGUGGUGAAGCUGUUUGUGAUGCAUUUCUAAUUUUAAGGAACAAGUAAUAGGUUUAUUCCAUGCUGAAAAGAGAAGAAAGAAAACACAACGUUUCGGCUGUGGAGCCUUCUUCAAAGAAGAACAGGGGCCAACCAAGGAGCGAUCUAAAGCCAUUAUUUAAGGAACCUUAUAAUUCAGUAGCCAAGUCUAUUCAAAUCUUACAUCUGCUAAUACCUCCCACAGAAGAGCUGUAAGAACACUUGCUGUACAAUUAUGUUUGAACAUGUACAACUGAGAUUAUUUCUGUAGAAAAAUGCCUUUUUAAACAUGUUGCAUAAAACUCUGAAAUGUGUUUAAAUACCCACAGGAAAGUAGCUAUGGAAGUGCGUUAAGAAACAAAAUGAUGUGGAUUCAGGGGGCGAAAAUCUCAAAUCAGGACAAACUUAAAAAAAGAUGGAGUUCCUGUACCAAAAUGAUAAUGACUUGUACCAUAUGUAAAUUAAAGAGACUUUUGGAGUUCA